GUCACAGCUGACUCAGUUUAUAUAUCAGCAAUGACUGAAUCACACUGCUUCAGUCUAAAGGAAGCCACAGAGAAAGCUUAACAGCUGUGACAAAGAGGAAAAAGCAAGUGGAACACUGGUUUUCAUUUAAGAAGGCUGCUGGAGACACUGGUGACAUUUUAAUGCGCUGAUGGGUUCGACUGGAAGGAGCUGCCGACAGCACACAAUGACGAUGACAAGCCUGUCAGUGUCCGGGGAGCUGGCACUAGAUCCUCUGGUCAGUUGUAAACUGUGCCUGUGUGAGUGGCCUGCUGACAGGAUGAGCACCCUCCAAGCAUGUAACUGUGUCUUCUGUACCUCGUGCCUAAAGCAGUAUAUACAGCUUGCGGUCAGAGAAGGAUGUGGCGCACCCAUCUCAUGCCCUGACAUGGCCUGUUUGAAGAAUGGGACUUUCAUCGAUUCUGAGAUUGCUGAAUUCAUCCCUUCAGAUCAGGUUCAGUUGUAUCAGCGAUUAAAAUUUGAGAGAGAAGUGCAUCUGAAUCCAUAUAAAACCUGGUGUCCUGUUGCAGAAUGCCAGGCUGUGUGCGACAUUGAUUCAAAUAAUGUUGGACAUCUAGUGCAAGUCAAGUGUCCCACUUGCCAAACUGUGUUUUGUUCUGUCUGUAAGGCAGACUGGCACCUGGGACAUUCUUGUUCAGAAAGCCAAUCUCUCAAUCUACCAGCUGCUUUUGAUAACGGUGUUCCUAUCAGCAAUGACACAGAAGCUCCAAUCAAGCAGUGCCCUAUGUGCAGUAUCUAUAUUGAACGAAACGAAGGCUGCGCUCAAAUGAUGUGCAAGAACUGCAAACACACAUUCUGCUGGUACUGUCUUCAAAAUCUAAAUAAUGACAUAUUCCUGAGACAUUAUGAUAAAGGGCCAUGCAGAAAUAAACUGGGACACUCUCGGGCUUCUGUGAUGUGGAAUCGGACUCAGGUUGUGGGUAUCCUGGUUGGUGUGGGUAUACUUGCACUGGUGACCUCACCACUCUUACUCUUGGCAUCGCCUUGCAUUAUCUGCUGCAUCUGCAAGUCCUGUCGGGGAAAGAAGAAGAAGAUGAAACAGCAAGACCAGCCAACUACAUGAAAGAAAAAAAGAGGGAACCUAUAACCUAUUGGUGCCAAGCAUGCCAAUACAGGUCUCCACCAUUCAGGUCUUGGUGGAACAAGUGCCUAAUAUUUGUGUGCCUGCAUUCAGGUGGAGGGCUUUGUUAAAUUUAGUUUGAAUGCCGCAGCAGUCAUCCUGACUUUAUGAAGAUGCCGAGUAUUUGCAGUUAUAGUAUAAAACACAAGGAAAACAAAAGGAACACGUUUUAUAAAUUCUGUGAACUUUGAGGGCAAAAAAAAAAACAAACGCAUUUUCUCUUCAAGAAUUCACACUUUUUUUAUUGAAUUGUGUAUGCCAUUCUUAAGGAUUAAAACCAGUUAUUGAGUCUCUUAACAACCGCACAGUUUGCACCUCCAGAGAAAAAAAACUAUAAUUAUUCUAUUUGAAUUAUAAAAAAUGAAGAAUGGGCAGCAUAAUCCAUUGAUGCUAUUUCUGUCAUAAACUGGCUUAUUUGCAAUUUUCAUAGGGAUUGAGGAAACAUACUGCAGGUUCAAGAUGUAUAUAUGGUAUGGGUAAAAAAAAAAAAAAUUGCUAAUUUGCACCAUUUUUUUUUUUUUAACAAAACAUUAGUUAUUUGUUAUAUAAUACAUGCACUUUUGUUGUUUUUGUUCUAUAGCAUUUACAAAACGUUUACAAAAUGCACUAGGGUAAAUGCUUUGUGAAUAAAUAGUUCAAUACGGAAUGUGGUAGCCAGAAAGCAAAAUCAGUCAUAUGUAUGUCGGGCGAUUUACUUUUAAAUAAUUAUUUUGGUAUGUAUCUAGAUGUUCUGUUGAAUGAAAGGGUGCAUUCAACAUAUGGUAUAAAGUUGUAUAAAGAGAGAAAAAAUUAUGCCAAUUGCAUUGUUUGUGACAACCUUAGUUGUCUGUUUGCAUUGAGAUAUUUUAUGAGCACCAAAUGCUCUUAUACCUUUGCUGGUUACAAUCUUAGAUUUGAAGGUCGAAUUUAGGAAUACAUUUUCUAAACUUUUUUGGUGGCUAUCCACCAUUGGUACCUUAGCAUCAAACUUUAAGCAGGUAAAGUACAGCUAUAUUCAUUCUGUUUCAUUUCUAUGUGUGUUAAAUUCAGUGCACCAUGUGUUCCUGUUCUUGAGCAUAUUGGCGAAUGAAAAGAUUAUGUUAAUUCCCUCUGAAAAUAAUUCACAUCAGAACAACAACAGAGACCAAGUGGGGAAGGGUUCUCUUAUUCACAAUUUAUUGUAAACUUUUAUAGUACACUAUAAUCUGUGGGGUUUCUACAAGCAUUCACAAGGAAUCUGUUAAAUUUAGUUAUUGUGAAAAGAGUGACUCAUGUGAAUAAUACUAUUUGCCUUUGAUUUGGAUGUCCUUGUCUCAGAUGUUAUCAAUGUUUGCCCUUUUGUAGGUUGAUAACUUUAACUUAAGCAAGCUAAUGUAUUCACUUGGUAAAACCCUGUCAUUGUUGCUGAAAAUAAGUGUCUUAAACCUAAAACAUCUUAAACUGGACUUCAUUGGACUACAAACUGGGUAUCAAAGGAAGUUUGUAUAAAAACUAAGUGAGUUUUGUUAUUAUUUCUUUAUAUCUACUUGCUUUUAAGCACAUUGCAAUAUGUAUUUUGUGCAACGUAAGUUCUUAAGUUUGUAAUGUAUACAACAAAAGCAUUUUCAGAAUUUAUUUGUAACAUUGUGUUAAUUUAUUAGGCUUUAUUUUUCUUUGUCUCUUAUCCAAAUCAUGUAUAGCAGUAAACAUUCAGUGAAUAUGAAGAUGGUUGAAAACAAAAAUAUAUCCCUUUCUGAAUUGACCAGGUAACUUCUGUCUGAUUCUCAUUGUGAUUGGCUGCUGAAUAAAUCCUGCUUACUUUUCCAACAGAUCUUUGUUUCUCUCUAAUAACUCCUCUGUGUUAAAUGUUUUUUUUGUCAUGUGACUUCUAGCUUCUUCUGUCAACUCUUAGUUAAAGCAAGCAGACAGAACUAUGUGUAACCCACAUCACUUCACAGUCAUGACUGGUCUUUUUCUCUUUCAUUGCUGGGCAAUAUUUCAUUUUUACAAUAAAAUUGAAGAGUUUACUCGUUUGCUCUAAUUUGUGCAACACUACAUUUUCAGUUUAAAUGGUAAAUUUAUGGAAUAAAGUACCAAAUAAAGGUCUUUGGCAAACAGCUGAGAAUUUAAGCCAGACUUUACACUAGCAAUUUCCAAAUGGGAAAGAUAAGCAUAGUCUUGUCUUAAAAUGGAGUGAAUGCAAAACGUGUACCAGUAACAUGUCUUUGUAAUACUUAAAAGUAAAAAAAUAAAAAAAGGUUAUUUUUUUUUUAAUUUUAAUGCUUUAUAUUUAUAUCGUAAUAUGCAUCUCUUCACUUUUUAGCUUAGUAAAGGGCAAGUUUUGUGAUCUUUGUAAGAAUAUGCUAUUGUAUAUAGUAAAUGCUGUUUUUAAUUAUUUAAAUUAUAUCAAUUAAAGUGUAAAACUGCA